CCAACCAAAUCCUUCUUAUGCGGACCUGACACUGACACUGUGCUAACGUGCGCAUCCUCUCUCUGUCUGUCAUCUUCAGUCCCUUGCAGCUAAUGUUUCUUUCUUUCUUCAUUGAACACACAUAUCCUAAUCCGACGUCGUUUCUCAAACACAGCUGUGCUGUGCAGGGUUACCUUUUCCCUUUCCCCUUUUGCUCUCAUUAUUGGCAACCACUCUUCCAGGCUGGCUGACGUCAUAAUGUGCCUUCCCUUUUAGGGUUUUUACUACUUACUUCUCCAUCUCUCCGGUUUUUUCUUCUUCCUUUCAUCAACAUGUUUGGCUUUUCUCGUCGCCGUAUGAAACUUGGAAGAUUGAAGGUGCAGCUUUCUGAGGCCAAUCCCGGAACCAGAACUCCCGUCAGACCCCCAAAACGGAACGGAACGGAAAUUGGAGAUGCAGCUGGAGGGUCUAGUGGUCAUUCUGAUGAAGUUGAUUGCCAGCCUUCAACUGAGAUAACUAGUUGUGGCAGCUCAGAGAACUGGAUGGUCUUGUCUAUUGCCGGGGAUAAACCCAUUCCUAGAUCCAAUCAUGCAGCAGCAGUCAUUGGGAAUAAGAUGAUAGUCGUGGGCGGCGAAUCCGGGACUGGAUUGUUGGAUGACGUGCAGGUGCUGAAUUUUGAUAGAUUUUCGUGGACCACCGCAUCGUCAAAGCUUUACUUGUCUCCCAGCAGUCUGCCACUGAAAAUUCCAGCGUGCAAGGGCCAUAGUUUGGUAUCCUGGGGGAAAAAAGCACUGCUCAUUGGAGGGAAAACAGACCCAGGAAGUGACAGAAUUUCAGUAUGGGCAUUUGAUACAGAGACAGAGUGCUGGUCACUCAUGGAGGCCAAGGGGGACAUACCGGUUGCUCGCAGUGGUCAUAGUGUUGUUAGAGCGAGCUCUGUUUUAAUAUUGUUUGGUGGUGAGGAUGCAAAAAGGAGGAAAUUGAAUGAUCUACAUAUGUUCGAUCUCAAGUCCUUAACAUGGCUUCCACUUCACUACACGGGAACAGCACCUUCUCCAAGAUUCAACCAUGUAGCUGCUCUUUAUGAUGAUAAAAUUCUUUAUAUAUUUGGAGGAUCAUCAAAAUCCAGGACCUUAAAUGAUUUAUAUUCACUUGACUUUGAAACUAUGGCAUGGUCACGAGUGAAGAUGCGAGGUUUUCAUCCGUCACCUAGAGCUGGUUGUUGUGGUGUCCUUUGUGGUACUAAAUGGUAUAUCACAGGUGGUGGAAGCCGGAAAAAAAGACACGGAGAGACUGUGAUAUUUGAUAUUGUAAAAAAUGAAUGGUCUGUGGCAAUCACUUCGCCUCCAUCUUCUAUCACUACAAACAAGGGUUUCAGCAUGGUACUCGUGCAGCACAAGGAAAAGGAUUUUCUUGUUGCAUUUGGGGGAUCCAAAAAAGAGCCAUCAAAUCAGGUAGAGGUGUUGAUAAUGGAAAAGAAUGAAUCAGCACUAGGGAGACAAUCAGCUCCCAGUAAAUGUUCAGCAUCUGUACUACUUGAAAAACAUUCAUCAUCCACUAGAUUGGCCCCCCAACUUAAUGAUUGUUCUCAACGUUUAGUUGACUCAGUUGCUAGACAAAAUCUAGCUUCUGCAAUUGAACAUGGUUCCGGCAGGAGAUCUCUAUCAGAAUCCCUGGUUGUUGAUCCCAAUUUUCCCCCAACCAACACCUCCCUUCGUAAGCAAUUUGAUCACGAUGAAGAAUACAAUACUGAUCUCAAGAUGGACAAGAACUCAGAUGAAAAUUCUUUCCCUCGGGCAGUAGAUCACAGAACAAACGAAAAUGACCAUGGUAAACAGAUGAAUAGUAGUGGAGCCAAGAACAUUACGGAGGAACAACAGGCACUGUUAUCUGGAAUUCCAAUCCAACAAAACCUAGUAUUUGAAAAUGACAUGCUAGAAAGUGAUAACGUGUCAUUUACUGAAAACAUUAAAUCAGGAUCACUGACUACUUCAAAUGUCUAUCAUUGCUAUGAAAGUAAAUUGGCUUCCCUGAUAAGGAAAAAUGGAAUUCUGGAGGGACAAUUAGCAGCUUCCUUAGCAAGCAAAGAAGCCGCAGAGAAAAGUUUGGCAUCUGUUCUCAAAAGUAGACAGGAAAUGGAGAGGAAAUUGGCGGAAUCACAUAAGGAGAUGGAAUUGAUGAGAGAGAAGCUGACCAGUCUAGAGUUGGCCCAGGAAGAGGCCAACAACCUAUCAAACAUUGUGCACUCUGACAAUGUACGGCUUGAGCAUGAUGUGGCCUUCCUCAAGGCUGUUUUAGAUGAUACACAGAAGGAGUUGCACUCAACAAGAGGAGUUAUUGCAGGAGAAAGAGCAAGAGCAUUCCAACUACAGUAUGAAGUUUUUCAUCUCAAACAGAGAUUGCAAUCAAUGGAAAAUCGAGCAUCUACUACACCGAGAAAACCGUUCCAUGUGCAGUGAGGUGAUGUUUGUUUGAAGUUGCUUAUUCCACUUAAUUCGAUGUGUACAUAUAUUUGAACCAAUGAAUCACCGUUAGUAGUUCUUCUGGAAGGUUCUAAAAGUGAGAGCAACUUGUUUUAGAAUGUCAAGUAAAUUAUUGAUAAGAAAAUUAAUGUUUAAUAUUACGUAUUCAUGCAUUGGAUAUUAUUUUGUUUAUUUUCUUAUCAUUGACUAAAAUUAUUUAUUUUACUUAUUUA